CAUCUUCCUCAGGCACCACCUUUCAUCCCAUUCGUCUACCAUCUCUUUUAGCACGAAUUUUUCUGUCGACCCAUCAUUCGUUACUCUCCUCAGUAAAAUUUCAUCUUCGUUUUUGGUGCAGACAGCUCCUUAAGUGCCCGCCGUCCAAUAUGGUAGACGAGCCACAAGUCAUGUCUAUCCAGCAACGGAUUGCGGCGUUGAAACAUGCCCAGGCGGGUCAAGCUGGAGGCGCCGAGGCCAGUGAACCGACACUGAUCCAGCCCACUUCACUGCCCAUCCGCCCGGCUGCUCCUCCGAAGCCCAGGACAUUCAAUCGUUCUAGCGACAAUGAGAUUCCUGGCAGCAAUGGAAGGCCUCACGAUGAGACUCCGCCGCCUACCUACGAUGAAUCAUUCCCUCGACCAUCUGCGCAGCCAUUGCCCUGCCCCGCUCCGGCCAAAUACAAGUCGCCCCCACCAUUGCCCGUGCGCAAGCCUUCCGAUCAGCAGGUUCAACCACGCCCUACCCUCCCUCCACGACGGCCUACCAAUCCCUCCCGGAAAGUCUCCCGGGAGUCGAUGGCCUCGGAUAUAUCACGAUCAACCACCACAAGUACGGGUCGAGCAACAAUCACCUCCGUGACCUCCUCCGACUCGGGAACCGGUCGCUCGCUGCCGCCCGCAUGGGGAGAGGUGGAAUUACCUCCCUUGCCUCCCAAACGACAACCCCCGCUGCCGUCUCGACCCUCGACUGCGUCUGUCAGAAGUAAUAGCAGCUUGUCUGUGCCGCAGUUGCCCGCACGCAGGGGAUCGAGCCAAAGUAACUGCUCGACUGACAGUACAUAUUCUCAGCAACCCCGACCGCCUCCGCGGCUACCGUCUCGGGACAGUAGCGACAGGUCACCGAGCGCAAAUCAGGCUGCAGCCGACGAAUGCAGACCGACUCUUCCCACCCGGAGAUUGCCUCCGCCACCUCCAUCGACUGCUACUUUGGGUAAGCUGCAGCAGGCUGGGUUUGCGUCGAUUAACAAGCCUUCUCCUGCGGCUGAAACAAAUGGUGGCUCUCCCCCGGUUCCAGUGGCCUCACGCCCGGCCCCGCCAGAUCUCUCUAAACUUCAAGCUAGCAAGCCUCGCCUGCCUGCUUCUGGCUCACCAGUUGUAACGCCGAGUGCAGCACCGACGGUGGCUUGUCUGAAAUGUCGAGAUUUCUCGGCACCGGACGCCCACGCCGCUCGAUACCCGCGUGAGACCCUUCCGACUCAGGAUUUGGGGUGGUUAGCAAGAGAGCUCACAGCGCCCUUCCCCUCGCCCACAGACAAGGCUCGGGUCAUAUUUACCUGGCUGCAUCAUAAUGUUGAUUACGACGUAGACGCUUUCUAUGGCAAUAGAGUGCAACCUUCCACGCCUGCCGGCACGCUGGCCUCAGGGCUCGCGGUCUGUGCGGGAUAUGCGGGGCUCUUCCAAGCCCUCGCGACCCAGGCCGGCCUCGAAUGUCGCGUCGUUUCUGGCCACGGCAAGGGAACUGGGUAUUCGGAUCCUGUGCCUGGCUCUGCAGUUCCUCCCUUCAACGCAAACCAUGCUUGGAACGUCGUGCGGAUCGACCAUGGUCAAUGGAAGCUAAUCGACACCUGCUGGGGUGCGGGAAACGUCCAUGGUCCAAGUCAGCCCUACCAAAGAUCGUUCAAUCCGACCAUGUUCACGCAGACGAAUGACGAGUUCGGCCUCAAACACUUUCCCACCAAUGGCAAUGAGUUCUUCCGAGAUGAUGGCCGUCCCGGAAUCAGUUGGGAGGAAUACAUUAUGGGCUGUCCGGGUGCAACUCAGCAGCCGAUGAUCUACGGCGAUGCGCAUAAGCACCACCUUGGGCCAGACUCUUUUCUUCCAGCGACCAAAGAGAUCACCGUGCAGCAAGGCGGGUCGCUCCGGUUUCAAUUCGGGCUUAUCUGCGAGCACUGGACCCUGGAACAUCACUCACGGGCCUCGCCCGCCCUUUUCAUGCUGAUAGUACACGGAGCGGAUGGCCGACAAGAUGACCGUCUGGUUUUCGCGCAUUACCGGGGCAGCAACCCUGGCGGCGGCGGAGAUCUUUGGUACCUGGAUGUGCCCGAUGUUCGCGCUCUAGGCACUCCGGGCCAGACAGUGCAGGUUGCGGUGCUAACGCGUUUUGGGGAUCGGGAAGACCCGCGAGGUGUAACUAUCACAGCGGAGGACUACUGGCGCGGCGUCAAGCGAGUGGCAAUGGCGUGGGCAUACAUUGCCGAAUGGAGACUGGUCUGACUUGAGUCAGAGUCGAGUCGACCAGUCACGAGUCUUUGGGGUCUCAAGAACCCCCUGGCUAUAAUCAUAAUUAGGCCCCCGGUUAAUUAGGGCUGGCUGCGGCAUUAUUUUCGGGUGUUCAUUUCGUCAGUCCUUGCUGGACCCCGCUUGCACAGGCUGUCAUUCACCACACGCCCUUUUUCUCACGUUGAAAUAUCUUAUUGGGCACUUGGUUGCUGUUACCUUGGAACAGGGUCUAGUUCUGGGU